CUGUUAUUUGAUAUGUUAUAUUUCUGUUAUAUUAAUAUAUAUAUAACUAUGGCUGAGGCAAGGACUUUUUUACAGUAUCCAUCUACGCGCCACGCCUAUUGUUUCUCUGGGCUGCAGUUACACAUACGGGGGCGGGGGUGGGCAUACUUGGUGUAGUUACAUAUACUUGAAAUUCUCCCCGUGUAAGUUGAGCGCUGCACACUACAAAGUAUGGACAGAUUGCGUUUGCUAAGUGAUCAAGAUGAGGCUGCAACAGGACUACCUUCUCAACCUCACACUGUCCCUGACGCAGGCCCAUGCAAGGACCCCUGUGAUAUGGCUUCAGCUCCUUCUGUUGAAUUCAUGCCUGGAGGGCCAGGUUUUGAAGCUUUAGGUCCUGGAUACAGAAAUGUUCCACCGCCACCUCUGGGGAAUCAUCAGCAACAGUCACCAGCUAACUCACCUGACUGGCAAAUCCCAUCCAUAAGUGAAGAGCUUGCACGUGAAGUUUUCAUUGAAUUUGCCUCCAGGAAAUGUUGCUACAGCACCAAGCCAUCCAAAGAAAUGGUCUUCACUGACAUGCAUGCACUCAACACAUAUCGGUAUCGGCUGGAGACUUUCACCGAGUCAAGGUCCACCGAGUGGGCAAGUGAACCAUAUCAUGGCCAGCUAGUGGAUGGCUUGAGUGGAGUUGCGCCUGGACCGUGGGACAUGGUCGUUCCUGUACCUACACUGUUUAAGAACUGUGAAAGAGAUGUUCGCAUCCCACACACAUCCUCUGUGAAGGGCUGUGACUCUUGCCUGAGUUUGGGCAGAUCUGCGUGUACCAGAUGUGUAAAUUCAGGCAGGACUCAGUGUCAGAUCUGUGGCGGCUUGGGAAGGUCCGCCUCUCGUGAGCGGUGCAGUCACUGUACCGGGAACGGCAGAGUCAUGUGUACAGCCUGUGCAGGAGCUGGGUCAACCACAUGCACAAAAUGUCAAGGAAAAGGACAGAUCCUUUCCUACAUCUUGCUGAAAAUAAAGUGGAAAAACAACGAAUAUAUAACUGUGGUUGACAAGCGUUCAGGAUUCCCUGUUGAUCUUCUUCACACUGUCACUGGAGAAAUGCUUUUUACUGACAUGAAUAAGCAGGUGUACCCCGUCGUCAGUUUCCCAGAGGGAGCAGUAAAUGCAGCCUCGCAGUCAGCGGUGCAGGAGCAUCAAGCUCAGUUCUCCAACACCUGUCACAUCCUUCAGCAGAGGCAGACCAUUGAGCUGAUCCCAGUCACACGAGUACAUUAUGCCUGGAGGGAGAAGACACACAUCUACUUUGUGUAUGGGGCUGAACACAAGGUUUUCACCAAAGAGUAUCCUGCUAAGUGCUGCUGCUGUUCCAUAUCUUAAGCCUUCAGUUAUAACACUUUACGUCUGGGCUGCAUACUUAAUCAUACAUUCAUACAUUCAUUCUGUAUUGGCUUGUUCAUCCUUAUCACAGUUUAGGUUUGUGCAGUAUUGAUAUAUACUGAGUGCAGAGAUAUGUAGGCAAAUCUGUAAAUGAAGUUGAAAAAUCUUAUGUGCAUAACCAUACAAUAAUAAUCCCAACAUCAGAAAAUAAUGCAGGAGGCAGAGGUUAUGGCUGUUUAUUUUCUAUUAUUUGUAUGCUUGGGUGGGUGUUACAUAUUUCAUAAUAUGCGUUCACCAGUAUCUUAUAGUUUUUGGCAUAGUAUAGUUUGUAGUUUUUUACUGCCAUUAAUUGCCAUGCAGGCCCAUUGUAGGAUAGCCUUUUUGGGCCAAUAACCAGAUUUCCCAAAAUGUAGGCAUUUUGUCGUAUCCACAUAAAUUGCAUGCUAAAAUUGUCACUGUGGGUUAGCCUCAGGUGAGCCAGUACCACAGUACUACUCUGUAGAACUAUUGUGGAUUUUAUAUGGGCAGCCAGCUACAGCAUUCACUAUUAUUAUUAGUUAUUAUUAGUUUUAUACAUUUAGAAGUGGAAAACUUUAUGAAUAUAGUAUAUUUAUAUUGGCUUUAAUGUUUAAAAUUUCACACAUUUAAUACAAUUUUCUCCAACUGAGUAUAAGGUAUUUUUCUUUCAUGAAUUUUCAUUAUAUUGCGUUUGUAACUGGAUGUGGUCAGGCUUAACUUGUCCACUCUGUCAUGGUAAAAUAUUUACUUAAAACAAUACCAAAAUAUAUUUGUUGUUUGCCUACUGAAGAACAAUCACGUUCUUGUUAAAUGGUAACUUUGGCUGAAAAUGUCCACCUCGUGAUUGUCCACUCUGUCAUGUAUCCUGCCCAGGCAGGGUGUGCAUGUUGCAAGUCUGAAUGGUAAUAUCUGUGUUUUAUCAUGUAAGAUAUAUUAUAGUUUUUGUUCAUAUUAUCUUUUUAAAUGAUGAAAUCACAUUGAUGACAUGCAUUUGUCUACCAUCUUCCUCAUGUUUAAUUAAAAUAACAACAACAAAUAA